GAUCCUCGGCAGGCGCGUCAGUUUAGUUUGGAACCGCGGGAGAGUUGCAGCGGCGUUUCGUAACGCGACGGAGUCGUCGGCACGUAUCCGUAGUAGUAAAAAGUUUUUGUUGUCACAUCCUGGAUUAUAUAUCACCCCGUUUUGAAAAGGAUUGCGAUGUGUGUAGCUUUUUAGGAAAAUUGGAUUAUUUUUUAUUCAGGAAGAGUCUUCCAGUGUGUUUUAGUGUUGGUGUAUGAUGAUGGAGUUUAGUUUUAGUGUGUGCUGUUAAAUGGAUUUAGUAAAGUAAUCUGCUAAGGUCUAUGGAAAGACCUGGAGAUUACGGCGACGAUCCACCACCAAGUCUCGAGGCCAUGUGGGGCAUGGAGGCGGGAGCCGACUGCGACUGUCCCGGUCCACCCCCGGAGUUUAUGUUGCCACCGCCGCCUCGGCCACCUAUCCUGCAGCCGACUGACCCCAUGUACUGCUCUGAGGACCCCCUGCCCAUCGAAACGUGUGAUGCACUACCGCUGAUCGACGCAAGCUACCGCAGUAGUCCAUCUUUCCAGACAUCGGCUGUGAUAGUUCUGUGCUCCGUGCUACUCGGACUUCUUGUGUUUAUAGCAGUCAUACUUGUUUGGAAGCAUAAAAGAAAAGUACAAAACUUCCUCCCCUGUAAAAAUUCUCCCCAAAACAACUGUGAUGUUACGACGGCGGCUACCAUUUACGAAGACUUACAUGACGUCAUUCCAAGGCCUACCCCUACUCAUCAUCCCCAACUUGCCGGGGGGCACAUCGUUGCUCCGUCAAUAGAGAUGAUCGACGUCAAAAACAACAUCCACUACCCCAGUGGCUACCCAAUAUCCCAACACCCCCCGGUGUUCCUGUGUUCCUCACCAGGGCCUGACCCGUACUGUUCUCAGGACCUCUACAACCCCGUCUACGAAGAACUAAGCGACGCCGAGAGCGAACUAACCCCCGCCCCUCAGAGUGAAGACGAAUUCGCCGAAGACGAGCUCAGUUUGGGCGGCGAAAUGGACAGACGGAGACUAGAUAUGCCUCCGCCACCGUACAGACAGGAUCAUAUGCUUAUCAGACGAGAAAUACCUCGGUUCCGCAGACCGCACGAACCUCUACCUCCUGUUCCCGGUAGCAAGAGGCAUCGAAGCUUGGAUAGACGGCGUCAAGAGUUCCAUGAGGGGAUGCUGCUCGACGCCCUGCUGCAAUUGUAUCCGCGAGUGGGUAGUGUGGAACCUCCAAUUCGUCGGCAGAUCCCUAGUAUAACGCACAGGAUACAGUGUAUGACACAGACUCCUGGACCUUUCGAAACUAUGCCGGUGCUGGGACACUUAGCGACGUUUCGGCCCAUCCCUAAGCCAUAUUCGCAGGAUUCCGCUUUCGGGUCCGAUUCGGGUUACAGCAACCACACGAGCUGCACCAGAGGGUCCAACCGCGGCAGAAGAGACCCCAGAAGAUUGUCGCAGUUGAGUGCAGAUUUAGCCCUAACGUAAAGGGAAAUUCAGAGGCACAUAAUUUAAUCGCCAACGGUUUUCACCACUCGAUUUAGGAUCCUGAAGAAAUCAUCAGUUUCGGGACCUAUACAGUGCAAUGGGCAAAUUCGGACGACCCCUUUGUUAUUAAGUUUUGUGAUAAUAGACUUUCUACGAUAAACGUACUUAGUAUAUUUCGUUUUAUAUACCAAAGUGUUGGUUGUGAAUAAUGUAUUGCCGUUUGGCAAACACUUUCCCUGCAGUCUACUUCCUUCGAAACAAAUGAAUGAAUGUAAACAAUAGUUUGUGUUUCGACAUGAUUAAUAAUACAAUAAUUUUGUACUCUGAUGUAUUUGGAAACUGAAAAUUAUUUCACAUUGUUGGGAAAAUGAUUAAUUGGCGUUCGCGAACUUAAUAAAGACUUACUAAUUGCAUUUUGAAGCAACACCAGUUAAUUUUAAUUAAAUAAUAAGGAAACCGUCAGAAAAAUAUUUUUGUAUUACUUUUAUAAUACUGAUCUUAGAGCAAAAUCAAUUUACGUAUUUUCGUAACUAAGCUAUUUUAGAAGUGCAUUUUAAUGAAAAAAUUCAAUAUCAUAAAACACAAAAAAAAACUGUUUUUAACAUUCUAAAAAUAUUCGUAAUUUAAAAGUGUUUGACAUACGGAAAAUUCCUAUAAUAUCGACUAAACAACUGUAUCAUUAUUUAUCAUAAUUAUUUCUCAUUGUUCAUAGCUAAUCUAGUUUUGAUUAUACUUGGUCAAAUUCUCGGCAUUUUCGUUAUCUACACUCAAACAAUUCUCAACAAAACGACAUUCCAGUUUACGAUAAACGAGGACAAUUAAGACAAUUCUUCUACAGGGUGUUUCACUUCAUAUUUGUAAUAUAUUACAAAAGUGAUGACUGUAUAAUUUAACAUUCUGAAACACUCGGUACAGUACACACAUCUUUGAACUAUGUAGAAAAUGUAAAUAUAUCUUGUAUAUUUUAGAACUACUUCGGCCAACCAAAGUUUCUAGAAUAUAAAUUUUCUAUUGUAAUCUGUACAAGUUGUAUAUUUUGUUUAUAGUUUUUAUUUAUUUUUGUACAUAUAAUUUAUAUAGAAUAUUUAUUGAUCCUUCAAACACUGAUUCAACUUGUCAACCUAACUAUUUUGUACACUUCUAGGGAUUGUAGACACUUCGAUUGUAACUUGUAUGACUGAGAUAUAAAUAUGUAACUGCAUUAAAAAGUAGAUUUUUCACGGUAUAUCAUAUAAUAAAUUUAUAGCUUCUUCCCUAACUAUCCAGUCAAAUUUACAUACAUUUUUAGUUUCUCAGUGCUUAUUCAGAAAAUUGUAAAGAAAUACAUAUUCGAUGUUUAUUUUUGCAAACAAGCAGUUGAAUUUGUAAUUUCCUGAAAUAUAUAAUGUAUAAAAAUUUUGACUGGAUUUAAAUUCUGAUGAAGCCGCAUCGGUUGUAAACAACUCGCAAGCUUUUUCCCACAAAAAGUUGUUUCCAGUAAGUAGCUUAUUACUACUACUACUAUUACCCAUAUUACUAAAAACUUUGAGAAAUUACUCGACACCAUCACGUUAAGAAUGAAUAGCAAUUAGCUCUAAAUAAUUAAAUUUGCAAUAGGGAUAGUUAGUAUUUUGCAUUUUGUUAAGAGAAACAGGGUUCCGAUUGUGAAAAGUGCGUCAACCAACUGGUUAUGAUUCACUUUUGUUAAUUCAUUUCGAAUUCCUAGAACGUAAUGCACAAUAGCGAAACAAUACAUGUAUCGAUAAGUUUUUGUUGUUUAUCUGUUAUAAAUUUUAUCAGUGUUUGUGAUGUGCUAGUCCAUUUUAUUGUAAUGCGUAAUUUUCAAUUAAAAAUGUUAUUGUUUCGAUUUUUUAUCGC